AUGGCACCUCCACCGUCAAUCGCCACGAAGCUCAAGGUCCAGCUCAAGCUGGCAAUCGCGCGACUGCGCAUGGUGCAGCAUCGCGACGAAUCCAUGUCCAAGACACAACGGCGCGCCAUGGCGCAGCUCCUCGAGGUGGGCAAGAUCGACUCGGCGCGCAUCCGUGUCGAGAACAUCAUCCGGUCCGACAUCACGACCGAGCUGCACGAGAUACUGGAGCUGUACUGCGAGCUGCUCAUCGCGCGCGUGGGGCUCCUCGAGGGGUCGACAUGCGACCCGGGCCUGGAGGAGGCCGUCAAGAGCAUCAUCUACGCGGCGCCCAAGACAGAGAUCAAGGAACUCCAGGUGGUACGGACGCUAUUGGCCGAGAAGUACGGCAAGGAGUUCGUCAUGUCGGCGAUGGACAACGCCGACGGCAAGGUCUCGGAAAAGGUCGUCAAGAAGCUGAGCGUGACGCCGCCGAGAGAGGAGCUCGUGCAAGGGUAUCUGGAGGAGAUCGCCAAGGCGUACAACGUCGACUGGCCGAAGCGACUACGCGCCGACGAACCGCCAGACCUGCUGGCCGACGACGACGACGACGAAGACAGUCCGAGCGGCGGCAUCGGUGUAAGGAUACCCGAAGGCCCGUUGGGCAACAGCGCCAAGCUGGCUCAGGAGCAGGAGGAGCUAAGCAAGGCGACGCCGCCGAGGACGAUUGGGGGUCCCAGCAGUCCGCUGACCGUGACGCCGCCGAGGAUGACGACGGAUAAUAUCCAUCCCAAGGUGACGCUGAACUCGCUGGAACUGAAGCCGAACAAGAAGAUGGACGCGGCGGCGUCGCAGAAGAAGCCCAGUAUCAAGGGGCCGGGAGGCAGUGUGCCAGACAUCACCGAGCUGGAGAGGAGAUUUGCAGCUCUAAAGAGGUGA